GCUUCCUGUGUGUGGGGGAGGGGCUGCUUGUGGCUGCCGGGAGGGGAUUUGGAAGAGAGGAAAGUGGAAAGAGAAAGAGACAGACAGAGAGGAGGCGCAGAAGGCCCCUCCCUCCCACAAGGAGCCAAUGGGAAUGUGGGAGGAAGCGAGUGACCCAGUGAUGGGGAAGAAGGAUAAAAAUGAGGAGCGGAAGGAGAGAAUCCUGAAUCUCACACUGGAGAUUAUCUAUCUGCUGACUGGAGAGGGCUACGUCAUCCCUAAGAAGAAGAGCCCAACUGUGGGUUUGGGGGCCCUGCAUGCCCCUGGCUCCGUCAUACAGAAGGAAAAUGACAAGAAGAUCCUGGAACUCAUCUCCAACAUCAUCCAGCUGCUGACUGGAGAGGUUGCCAUAAGGUGUGAGGAUGUUUCCAUCUAUUUUUCCUUGGAGGAGUGGGAGUAUAUAAAAGGAAACAAGGCCCUUUACAGGGAAGGGAUAAAGGAGGAGGAGGAGGAGCCCCAGCAGCUCCGCCCACUGGACGGUGAAUAUGAAGAUAAGAGAGAGAUUCCAGCUGAUCUGGGAGGAACAUUAUGUUAUAAUAAUGAGCCAAGCAAGAUUGGGGCUGAAGGAGCAGAUUUUUGUGCCGACGGAAAUAUCUCAAACCCUGAAAUUUCUCCAGUGGAACAGCCCCCACCGGCCAAUUGGAUUAAAGAGGAACCAGCUUCAUGGGAAGGGGGAAACCAAUCAGAUUGCAGCAUUAAUCCCCUUACAGAACAGAUACAGGGAACAGACACACCUACUCCUAUCAUGGGGUGCAGCCUGAAUAACAGCUGGGCAGAGGAUUAUAUAUUUCAGAAUAUAAAAGAGGAGGCGGCUUCAUCUGAAGAAGAAAACCUUUCUGAUAUCAGAAUUAUUACUGUUUCAGAAUCAAUACUGGAAACCGACACAUCUGCUUCUAUGACGGAAUGGAGCCUAAAUACCAGCUUGUCACCAUCGUGUGAAGGGGGAAACCAAUUAGAUUGCAGCGGAACUCAUGCUGAGCAAGAACCUUUGUCUUGUGUUGAAUCCGAUGCAGGACACAAGCCGUUUUCUUGUUCUGAAUGCGGGAAAUGUUUUUCGUGUCGAUCAGACCUUGACGAUCAUCAGAGAAUUCACUCAGGAGAGGAGAAACCAUUUGCUUGUCCUGAGUGUGGGAAACGUUUUCCUUAUCGCAGAUAUCUCAGUUAUCAUCUCAACGUUCAUGUGGGUAAGAAACCUUAUCCUUGUUCUGAAUGUGGGAAAUGUUUUGAAACGUCAUCGAAACUCACUGUCCAUCGGAGAACUCACACGGGGGAGAAACCCUUUUCUUGUUCUGAGUGUGGGAAAUGUUUUGCCAAAUCAUCAGUGCUUAGAGUUCAUCAACGAAGAACCCACAAAGUGGAAAAACCAUUUUCUUGUUCCGAAUGUGGGAAAUGUUUCUCCUAUUCCUCAGACCUCAAUUAUCAUCACAGAACCCACACAGGAGAGAAACCGUUUUCUUGUUCCGAAUGUGGGAAAUGUUUUUUAUAUUCAUCAGAUCUUAAACAUCAUCACAGAACCCACACAGGGGAGAAACCGUUCUCUUGUUCUGAGUGUGGGAAAUGUUUUACACGUAACAGCAGUUUAAAAAUACAUUUCCAGAGUCACACAGGAGUAAAACCAUAAGCUUGUCACAUCUUAAUAUGCAUUUCUGUGGUUUCAGAGGAGAGGAACAACUUUGUGUACAACAAAAAUUAUCCACAGGACAAUCCCGUUCAGCUGAAGGCUCCAGGGCCUAAUGAAGGUGAAGGCUCAGACAGGUCCCCCAUAAUGCUCUUCCCACGGCACUGUGUCCCCAUUGGGAACUGAGGGACCUCAUUUCAUGCUUAGUUCCCAGCCACUGGAAUAUAUCUCCCCCUCCCCCCAACAGAUAAUAUUCUGGGUUUUAUUGAACAAGAAGGGACAUAUUCCAAGGGGUACGAGCCCCCCAGGGUAUCACUUGAGCAGAUGCUGUUCCCUAAUGCUCACACAGUAGGUAACAUAAUUUAACUUACGCAAUUUGUAGAAUGUUUAAUUGGUGGGAUGCCAAUAACACGGGGACAUCUAUCAACACUGAAAUAAAGGAGGUUACAGUAUCAGUAUAGGGAGGAUCUUUUUAAAUCAUUAAAUCUAUUUUGUGAAAUUCCUUUCCCAAGA